AAGAUGCAGUGGACCCCCGAGCACAGCCAGUGGGCCGAACAGCAUUUCGACAUCUCCUCUACCACCCGCUCCCCAGCCCACAAGGCUGAGGCCUACAGGGCGGUGUCAGGCCACCUGCAGCGGUCUGCCACCUACCAGUACGCCUGGGCCAAUGACGACAUAUCUGCCCUCACUGCCUCCAACCUGCUCAAGAAGUAUGCCGAAAAGUACUCUGGAAUCCUUGAGAUGCCCGCCUCUUACUCUGAGGUGCCUGGAGUCCCUGGGGUGAUGAAUGGCCGGAAAGGCGAGUCAGAGCCCUGGCAAGAUGGUGUCUACCCCAUGAGCUGCAUCCCAGAGGGAGUUUCUGUCAGAAAGGGAGGUGUUGCUGCUGCGUCUGAAGUGGUCUCUGGGAUCUGCAGCUCCCCAGGCCUGGCUUCCAGCACCCUCAGCGAGCCCAGCUACUCCAGCAGCAGCUGUGGGAGCCACUCAGCCACUGCGCUCCACUCCUCCUCCAUGACGUCUCAGGAAUACGGCCCCACGUACAGCGGCUCCUACCUGCACAGUAGUUACAGCUCCCAGUCCGCCCCCGCCGCUGCCCUUCCCUCCCCACUGCACAGCUCUGGGCUCUUACAGCCCCCUCCACCUCCUUCCCACCCCACCAUUGUUCCAGCUUACAAUGGAGGCUCCCCCAACUUGUCUAGUUAUAAUUACCCCCCAGCUGGCUACCCAGCUCAGAGCUCAGUUGGGCCGGGAUACAGCCCUGGAGGAGCGCCCCCUCCUUCUUCGUACCUCCCCUCAGGCAUCGCUGCCCCUACUCCUCUCCCCCCUUCUUCUGCUUUACCUGGAUACCCAUACCAGAGCCACAACCUGACCCCAAUUGCCCCCACUCCCCUCAACAGCAGUUCCUCCAACACAUUGAAAAGGAAGGCCUUCUAUAUGACAGGCCAAGGAGAGAUGGACACGUCUUACGGGAACUUUGGCUAUCCCCAGGCACGAAGCUCAACAGAGAGUCCCAUGUACAGGGUGGCGGACAGCAGCAGUGCAAAUGGGGGCUCUAACAGUGGGGGUGGCGGUGGCUUCGACAGGAAUCCGGAAAAGUCAUCUUUACCAUUUAAUCCUCAGAAACAGUCUGCAAUGCCAUCAGAGCAGCAGCAGAGAAAGUACGGCAGCCAGGCAACAGGUGGGCCACUUACCCCACCAGCCUAUGUCUCCUCAACCCUGGGGGGCUCACGGUCAGCAGACUCUCUUGCCAGCUUCACCUCCCCCUCUCUCAGUGAGCAAGGUGCUGAUGAUCACCGCCUCCACCUUUCCCACUCAGCACCAGGGCCUACCUCCUCCUCCUCUUCCGCUUCAUCCCGCCCUGCCGAGGAGCAAUUAAAAACCUGCGACCCUCACCUCCUGGACCUUGUGACCUCAGAAAUCAUUCAGCAGGGCCCUCCUGUGGACUGGAGUGACAUCGCAGGUCUAGACCUGGCGAAAGUUACGUUGAAGGAGGAGGUCCUGUGGCCCAUUCUGCGUCCAGACAUGUUCAGUAGUUUAGGACCAGCACCUCGCUGCGUGUUGCUGUUUGGCCCGAGGGGCAGUGGCAGGACGUUGCUAGGCCGCUGUCUCGCCAGUCAGCUAGGAGCGACGUUUCUCCAGCUCAGCGGCUCUACUCUGGCCACCAAGUGGCUGGCGGAUGGAGAGGAAAUUAUCCGUGCGUCAUUCCUGGUGGCCCGUUGCCGACAGCCAUCGGUGCUCUUCAUUAGCGAGGUGGACAUGCUCCUGUCAGCUCAUGUCAGUGAAGAGAGUCCAAUCACCCGACUGAAGGGGGAACUACUCACCCAGCUGGACUCUCUCCUUAUGAGCUCAGGUGAAGAUGGAAGCAACCAAGUCCUAGUCAUUUGCUCCACAAGCAGACCUCAAGAUAUGGAUGAAGGCCUCCGGAGGUACUUUACUCGGAGGGUACUGGUGCCCCUACCGGACAGCGCAGCCCGACACCAGAUCAUGAACCAGGUUCUGGCCCAAUCCCAGCACAAGUUCUGCUUAAGCGAGGAGGAGCUGGCACUGCUUGUGCAGCGCACCGAGGGUUUCUCUGGACUGGAUUUGGCCAGACUCUGCCAGGAGGCCCUUGUAGGUCUGUUACAUGUCUCAGCACAGAGCAUGGACAUGACGGGCAUGAUGCCCCGGGGCCAGAUGAGGCCCCUCACCUACCAGGACAUUGAAGGUGUCUGUUGUAAAUUCCAAGCCAGUAUAUCGCAGAAAGAGAUUGACACUUACACCGAGUGGAACAAAAUGUUCGGCUGCAGCCAGUGAGCAAAAUAGGCACUGCCCUUGAGAAAAAGAGGCUUCCACAAUUCCUCCCCUCAGGGCAUAAGCGUUGCGCUAGAGGGAAAAGCCGACAGAAGGCCGACACGAGCCCGCUGUGUCCUCACAGAGACCUGGUUUGAUUCAACAACAAGCAGUUUUGCUGUUAAUGAGACAAUUUUCAAUCCAAAUGCUUGACAAGCCAGGCGCCGUUUACACAUUUCAAACAAGUCAGCUUUGCGUGAGAUGCCCUGGUGUCCGUGUACAUAUAUCGUAUGUCGUCGUUUCUUGA